GGUCGAUGGUUCGCAUUUAGUGUGCACAACUUACCACGCCAAGUUGUAGCAAAAAUUGUUAUUAGAGAAACGUAUUUGACUUUUUUUUUUUACUUGGACUUUAAUAAAAAAAAAAAGUUUAGACGUUUAUCGCGCAACGAUCGUAUCCGCUUAAACCGCCAGUCCUUUUUUUUUUUUACCGGUUAUAAUAUAUAGGUAUAUAUUAUAAAUAUAUACAUUUAUAUUGACAAAAAAAAAAUUUAUAGAAGGACUUUUUGUGUUAUUUCAAAGCGAAAAAACAGUUCAACACUUUUGAUUUUAUUGUCAGAGUUUAUAUUUUACACAAGAUUUUACUUUGAUUUUGGAUUAAUACAAGGCAGUCUACGUCGAAGAGCACACACAAACCUAUUGGACUUACUCAGAGCGGUUGCCCGAGCGCACCGCGAAUGGGAUCCGAGUGUAUCGUCCGAAUCUCAAUCAGCUGAAAGUAGUCGUCGUCGUCGAAGAUCCAGCCCGCAGUCUUUUGGUAAGCAACCAUGGGCUUGUCUCCGAUCAAAUUGCCGUACCAGUCGUCGAAAAACCGAUUGUUCGGCGUGCCUCCCCCCCGGCGCAUGUCAGCCAGCUUUCAGCCCAUACCCACGUUCAACGUCAACGACCCCUUUGGCAACCAUGAACACCAACGGGCUCCCAACCGGCGAACGGGGAGCACCAGGACCAGGACCGGCGUGCCCAUCAACAUGCUCGUGUCGCACCAGAGGGGAAUCAGUAACAGUCGAUUAGCAGUAAUUAUAGUCGGCCUUGUGGCUCUAAUAGCUGGAUUGAUACUAUCUUCCGUUCCUUGGGUUCAUUAUGUAAUACUAAAGAACUUGAAACUAUGGAACGGUACGCUAAGUUAUCACUACUGGCAAAAGCCCGGCGUGUUAAGACUGACAAAGGUGUUCAUAUUCAACGUGACCAAUCCAGACGGGUUUCUGCACAACGGUGAAAAACCAAAACUCCAAGAAGUCGGCCCGUUCGUCUACAGAGAAGACAUGGAAAAAGUAAACAUUCGGUUUCACAAUAACGGGACGGUAACGUACCAACAUAAAAAAAUUUUAGAAUUCCUACCACAUCUUUCGGUUGUCAAAAAAGAUGACAUCAAACUGACUGUUCCAAACAUUCCUUUGCUAACAUUGACUACGCAAGCCAAUAGUUUACCGUCGAUAUUAAAAAGUUCACUCUCCGCGAUACUGAGGUUCUCUAGUCUAACUCCGUUCAAACACGUUACCCCGCAGCAACUGGUCUUUGGCUACGACGACCCGUUGACUUCUUUGGCCAAUACUUACUAUCCAAAAGGGAAGAGACCUCCCAAACAAAUGGGACUGUUCCUAUUGCGAAACGGCACGCUAGACGAAGUCUCCACAAUCUAUACCGGACACAACGGAAUGGAAAACUUUGGGCUUCUCGAUCGAGUGAACGGAAUGGACGAACUGCCGUUUUGGAAGGGUUCGCCGUGUAAUUCCAUUAAGGCGUCUGAAGGUUCGUUUUUCCCUCCGAGAGAGAUAACAAAGUCUGACAUUGUGCACGUUUACGAUAAAGAUCUGUGUCGAGUGUUGCCUCUAAGAUACCGUAAAGAUGUACUCAAAGACGGCGUGGUAGCUGGUUACUACACACCUGAUGACAAAAUGCUAGAAACUGUAGACGUUAACCCCGAGAACGCUUGUUUCUGCGAAGACAACACCAACUGCACUAUCAAAGGAUUGCAAUACAUUGGACCAUGCCAAUUUAAUGCUCCAGUAUAUUUGUCCUUCCCUCAUUUUUACAAAGCUGAUCCCAGACUUUUGGACGAAGUGGAAGGUUUACAUCCAGACCAAGAAAAACACGAAACGUUUUUCAAAAUUCAACAGCGAUUGGGAGUUCCUCUGGAAGCCAGAGUGAAAGUUCAACUGAAUUUGAAAGUCGAGCAAUCCAACAUAUACCCUACCAAUAACUUCAGAAGUAUCGUGUUCCCGAUUAUGUGGCUCGAAGAGGGCGUCGGCGAUUUGCCGGAGAACAUACACCGGUGGAUAUAUUUGGCCACCACGUUCGUGGACGCGGCAGUCCCUUUGUUGACGUACGGUCUAAUACUGGGAGGCGCUUUAAUACUGGUGGCGGUGUUCGUCCGCACUUAUCAUCAGAUGGUGUUCACCCGGGAAAACAUAGAAAGGGGUACACAGCGCAUACUCCGGCGGGGCAGCAGCAUGCUGGUCAACGGCCAACAGCGGUUGCUGAUCGUCCGGGAUUCGUAUCAUCGGUUGAGUCAAGGCAUACAAGACACGGACGUGGACGCCCAACAACUGUUGCCCGAUUAGCGGUUUUAACCACCGAUAUAAUAUGUAAUUUUCUGUAUUUAGAGCACGUUGACACUGCCACAUUGAUACUGUGUGGCGUUUAUUUAAUUGUUACGGUUUAGAUGAUGUACGCAUAGCAAUUGUCGCGAUAUUGCACUGUCAACGUGUCAAAAUUAAACGAUCAAAUUACAAACAUUAUAUUAUAUUAUAAAACGCUCGUCUCGUGUGCGCGAAAUGCAUUGCUUGGUCGACAGAUAUGUUUUUGCGUGUAACCUCUUAACUGUGAUGUAUACGAUGCAUAGGGUUAAUAGUUCGGUGACACCGGAAGAAAAAAUAAAAUAAAAAAAUUCUCGAAUCGGACUGUGAUACGAAUAAUAAUUUUAUUUAGACGAAGACGAUUUCUUUUUUUUUAACGAAUUUUAAUUAUGUAUUUAUUUUUUUUUUUUUAAUAUAAUUAUUAUUAUUAUUAUUAGAUAGAAUUUAGUGUGCACGGCCAAUUGGGACGUAUAUAAUAGGUAUGUGUCUUAGUUGGCGGAGCGAACGGAACAAAUCAAAUUUUUAAUUUAUCAUUUUGUAGUUGUAAUAUUUUUAUCGCGCUCAUUUUUAGAACAAACUUUAUUUUUAUAUACAUACAUAAUAUAUAAUAUAAUAUUAUUUAAUAAUUUCAUAUUUAAUGUUAUAUACAAAAAGAUUAUUAUUUGUAAAAUACCACGCGGGACGGCGAUGUGGGCUAUCUUCGCGACAUUGGUGAAUUCGUGAUGUCGUCUGAUAAUCAAAUAAAGUCUAUUUACUAUUUUUUAACAAGUACUUACACAUUGCGGUUUCGGAGCAUGUCUCAAAAAAUUACUACUAGUGUCGCGAAAAUACCUCACCGUCGCCCGAAAUGUUAUUUAUUCUUUUAACUUAAACCGUACAUUGUGUAGUUUUUAUCGUUAAAAAUUUGAUUUUGAUUUAAAUUAAAUCCGUCGUGGAGGGUAGCCGAAAAUCUAUUCAAAAUGAAAAUACCAAGCCAAAAACUCAAAGAUAAAAAAUAUAUAUAAAUAUAAAUUUAUUUAGUAUUACCGCUGGAUUUCCUGGAGUUACAACGUAACACUUACACUUAAGACUUAGAAAUAAUGUUUUUGAAUAUAAAUCAAUGUAAAUACCGUACAGUAUAAUAUGAAUUGAUUUUUUUCCGACUGGACAUUACACUAUAAGUUUUGUUGGGCAUUCAAAUACAAAUUAGUCUUAACAGAAAAAAAAUGCAUUUUUUGUACUGUAAAAACUAAAGUUGUUAAUUUAUUUAUAACGAAUUUUGCACACCCAAUUAUUGCUCAAUUAUUACAAAAUCAAAUAACAUUUUAACAACAAUAUGUUCAUCGUUACCAUUCGUAUAUUUGUAAAACGAUUUUAUAACUAGACUUUUAAUUAUUAUUUACAAUUUGUAUUAUUUUUUUUUUUAUUUAUUUACAUUUUUAAAAAUUCUUUACAAAACAAAAAAAAACUGUACAUAAUGUAUUUUUUGUAAAAUAUUUCCCUGUUUAAUAAUUACCGUACCAGUUGUCUAUUGUUUUUUAAAACCUAAAACCAUGCGCUAAAAUGUUUUUUGGAGUUUUACUAUACAACAAUAUUAGUGGUCGUAAUACGUUGACAAAGAAUUUUUGGAACAUGUUAAAAAUAAACAAUGUAUUUGGCAUGAAAA